UUCUCUCACAACUCAUAACUCACUCGCUAAAGUAAAGGUCAUUGCCUCUCUCUCUCUCUCUCUAUCGCUCUUCCCAUUUAUAAAGUCUCAGCCGGACUCCAAUUUCUCAGUGGAGUUGGGAGUUGGCAGUGGAAAGUUGAUAGGGAUCUUUUGAGUUUCCCCCUUUCAUAUCGUUAAGAUCUUCUUGAUCCGAUCUUCGCUGUCGCAGUAGAGUAGAUUUUCUACUUUCUCUGGUUCUCUACUUGGUGGAUUACAUCGAUCUCCGCUUGAAGAUUAUUAAAUUCUCUGGUUCUCUUAGAGUUCGGCGGUUUAUGAUGCUCUUUCAAGCUGAAACAGUGAAGUAAGAAAUAGUGGUGGUAAGCUACUAAGCUGAGAUCGCUGAGAACUUCACAUUUGUUUUACUAGAAGAAUUUCAUAACAGCGAGAAUAAUGUUGCCAUUUGAAAAGAACGGGGGGAACGGUUUGUUUAUUGCAGACUUCUCUCUCCAAACUGCUCAGGAUAUGGAGGCGGAGCUCUCUAACGUUUCUUGCAUUUUUUAACUCUUUUGAGUCUUGACAUAUAGCGUCGAGCACAAAAGUAGAGCCACCUUAUUUUCUUUUCUUGGAAGAGGGGGCGGCGAAUGGGUUCUUUGCUGCCCGGUUCUACCGGGCCGCCGAUAAAACGAAGAGCUGGUUUGCGCAGGAAACAAGCUGGGCGAGGCUCGUACAGAGGCAGCUAGGGGAGCUUAUGCUGCUAAUUUGGCGAAUAUAGUUUUUCUUAACUUGUGGAAUUUUUUACUCUCUACUUAUCUGAUGGGGCCUUCUACCCUGAGACAGUUGCUGAGGAGUCUUUGCCACAAUUCACCGUGGAAAUAUGCAGUCUUUUGGAAGCGUGAUCAAUACAGUCGAACGCUUUUGACUUGGGAAGAUGGAUAUUGUGAUUGUUCAAGACCUGGAGAGCCUGCACAAAGUUUGUUAAAAAAUGUUUGCAUUAGCGAGAUGGACGGGAAUGUGCCCUUUGGGAAUGACACAAGCUCGGACAAUGGAAGUUCUGUUGGGUAUCCAAUUCAAUUGGCAGUGGCAAAUAUGUCACAUCUGCUGUACUCAAUGGGAGAAGGGGUUGUUGGUAAAGUGGCAUCUACCGCAAAGUAUUGUUGGGUUUUUGCAGAUAGUGUGUGUGCUGGUGUCAACUCUGAGCUAAUUCCUGGGUAUCCGGAUGAGUGGCUACUUCAGUUUGCAGCAGGCAUCAAGACUAUUUUGCUUGUGCCUGUUGUUCAGCAUGGGGUACUGCAACUUGGGUCUUUGGAGACGGUCAAUGAGGAUCUGACACUAGUCACUGGUAUCAAGGAUAUGUUCAAUACUGUUCAGUAUGUUGGUGGGGUUUCUAUGCCUUUGACAUCAAGCAGUGAUCUCUUAGUUCUUCCAACUUCAUCACUUACAUCUGUUUGCUUGGAUAACUUAGCUGAGCCAUUGUCUUUUAUCGGUAAUCUUCUGGAUCCAAUCCCAUUGGAAUCGGUGGUGAGAAAAGAUCCAAUGGAGCUCAAUGGUGUCCAGAUAACAAAGAAUGAACUUCCAACGAUAGGCCGUCAGCUUACGCCACUUUUGACAGUUCCAGUGAAGCCCCACAACCCAGGAAAAGAUCUGCAGCCAAUUCCAGGCUGUGUGGAGGAUGCUGGCUUUGGUGCUCUAGUUGGUGCAGCUGAAUUAUCAUUGCCACAUAAUCUUUCUCUGACUUCUAACCAUUUGGAGAUGAGGGGUGAUCUAUUUGACUUCACUUUUCUUGAAAAAGGAUUACAGGCAUCUUCUGGUUGUAAUUGUUCUGAUGUUGGGAUAUUUUCCAAGCAAUCUGACAUGAAUUUUGACCUUAUUGGAGGUUUCACUGAUCAACAAUAUGGAGAAGGGACUAUUAAUCAGAUGAAUCAUAUUAGUGCCAGUGGUUUUUUAGGGUUUCCUUUGGACUUUGAGCUACGCAGAGCACUUGAACCUUGCAAGGGAGGGUGCAACAGAUUUCUGUGUAAACCAACUAUUUCUGAGGAGGUUGUGUGUGGCAGCUUGUUAGACCUUACGUGCCAUGAUCUCAAUGUAGGUGUUGAGCUGUCAGCUGGGAAAUCCAUUGGAUGGUAUAGGAAGGGUGGGGAUGCAGGACACCUCUUGGAUGUGCAAGGUGAUUCAGAUAAUGGUGCACCUGAUAUACAUAAUGUCAGCUCGCCAAUUGCCUCAUCAGGACGAUUUGCGGCAUGUUGCCAAACGCAAAAUCAAUCUGAAGGAAUUAUCUUGGUUGAAAGUAAUCCACUUUCACUGAGUAACAUGACUUCCACAUCUGUUACAGUUGCUGGAGAAGUCAUCGAUAAGACUGGGGUUUCAUUUGAAAGCAUGAUGAGCACGUUUAUAGUUGAGGAGCAACCCAAAAAGGCAUGCGCAUACAUGCAGUCUGGUGUUAAAGAUGCAAAAUUGUCUCGUGUUAUCAGGACAAGGUCGGAUAAAACCAAGGGACCAAGACCGAGGCCAAGGGAUAGACAGAUGAUCCAAGAUCGUGUUAUGGAGUUGCGGGAGCUUGUCCCAAAUGGUGCAAAGUGUAGCAUUGAUGCUCUGUUGGAUCGAACUAUUAAACACUUGAUGUUUUUAAGAAGUGUUACUGACCAAGCUGAGAAGUUGAAGCGGUGUAUCCAUGAAAAGGCUAGCAGAACGAACUGGAAAUCUGCUGGAGCACAAGGUCACCAGAAUGGCAUGAGCUGGGCUUUUGAGAUGGGAAGCAAACUUGGGGUACCUCCCAUUAUUGUAGAAGACCUUGAGCAUCCAGGACACCUGCUUAUCGAGAUGUUAUGCCAGGAACAUGGUGUUUUCUUGGAAAUUGCACAAAUAAUUGGACAUUUAGAGUUGACCAUUCUGAAAGGGGCGAUGGAAACCCGUGCAGAUGAGAUUUGGGCACAUUUCAUAGUGGAGGCUUCACGAGGGUUUCAGAGGAUGGAGGUGUUCUGGCCACUAAUGCUGCUGUUACAACGGAACAGAAAAUCCAUCUCGAGCAAGUUUUGAUGCUUCUUUGUCUUAUUUUGCAGUGGAAUGUGAGUGAAAACUUGUUCGUGGUGUUUUAAAAAGAGUUUGGUACCUUUAUGCCAAGUAAUGAAACCAGUCUCGUGUAUGUAUCAAAUGUUUGAACUGUCUAAUAAGAUAAUACACAAGAAACAUUUUGUGAUGUA